GUGCCCCGAGCUCGGAAACCCGGCCGGCUUGUGACGCACCGAGGCUCCGCCCCCGGCGUGACGCCGGCGUCAGACCAGUCCCGGCAUCCUCCGCGGCCGACCGCGGCGGAGCGCACAGAGAAGUCUAGCCCGUGAGCGGCCGCGGCGCAGUUCCGUUGCUGUCCAGGUCCGGCUCGGCCAGCGUGCCGCCUCUAGCCGUUUUCCUACCGCUCGCCCGUCCACCCGAGCGCCCCCAGCCCUCCCGCGAGGGCGCCCCGGGACGGAAGGAACCACCAGCCUGUCGGCGCCCGCCGUUCUCGUGGUCGCCGUCGCCGUCGUGGUCGUGGUCGUCUCCGCCGUCGCCUGGGCCAUGGCCAAUUACAUCCACGUCCCGUCCGGCUCGCCGGAGGUGCCCAAGCUGAACGUCACGGUGCAGGAUCAGGAGGAGCAGCGCUGCCGGGAGGGGGCCCUGAGCCUGCUGCGACACCUGCGGCCCCACUGGGACCCUCAGGAGGUGACCCUGCAGCUCUUCACAGAUGGGAUCACAAACAAACUUAUUGGCUGUUAUGUGGGUAAUACCAUGGAAGACGUAGUCCUGGUGAGAAUUUAUGGCAAUAAGACUGAAUUGUUAGUUGAUCGAGAUGAAGAAGUGAAGAGUUUUAGAGUGCUGCAGGCUCACGGCUGUGCACCGCAGCUCUACUGCACCUUCAAUAACGGACUGUGCUAUGAGUUCAUACAGGGAGAGGCCUUGGAUCCAAAGCACGUCUGCAACCCAGCUAUUUUCAGGCUAAUAGCUCGUCACCUUGCUAAAAUUCAUGCUAUCCAUGCACACAAUGGCUGGAUCCCCAAAUCUAACCUGUGGCUAAAGAUGGGAAAAUACUUCUCUCUCAUUCCCACAGGAUUUGCAGAUGAAGACAUUAAUAAAAGGUUCUUAAGUGAUAUCCCAAGCUCUCAGAUUCUUCAAGAAGAGAUGACUUGGAUGAAGGAAAUUCUUUCCAACCUGGGCUCACCUGUGGUGCUUUGCCACAAUGACCUAUUGUGUAAGAAUAUAAUCUACAAUGAGAAACAAGGUGAUGUACAGUUCAUUGAUUAUGAAUAUUCUGGAUACAACUACCUGGCAUAUGAUAUUGGAAACCAUUUCAACGAAUUUGCAGGUGUAAGCGAUGUGGACUAUAGUCUUUAUCCAGAUAGAGAGCUACAAAGCCAGUGGCUGCGUUCUUACCUUGAAGCCUACAAAGAGUAUAAGGGUUUUAGGAGCGAGGUUACUGAAAAGGAGGUAGAAAUACUCUUCAUCCAAGUCAAUCAGUUUGCAUUGGCUUCUCAUUUCUUUUGGGGAUUAUGGGCUUUGAUUCAAGCCAAAUAUUCUACUAUUGACUUUGAUUUCCUUGGGUAUGCAAUUGUUCGUUUUAACCAGUACUUUAAAAUGAAGCCUGAGGUUACUGCAUUAAAAGUGCCUGAAUAAAGAAGAGAUUUAAUUAAUUCUCAGUAGCUGAGCGAUGGUUGUGAAUUUUUUUCUUAAGAAAUUCCACAAAGUCAAUAUCCAUUAAAAUUCUGUUAACUUAAUUUGGUUAUUUUGAUUUACAAAUUAUGCCUCUAAAAAACCAAUCUUAUUUUUAAAAUAGACUGAAUGAUGUCAAGAAAUAUACCUGUUGCUGUCAGAAUGUGGUUGAUUAGAGAUAUCUUAGAUCUGCAAAAGGUGUAAAGAUGUCAGUUUAAGCCUUUCAUAAUUUAUGUCAUGUGGGUUAUUUAUUAUAAAUUUAACAUGAUUCUGUGACUGCUUUCAUCAGUUUCCUCUUAAGUAUAUAUGUGUCAGAGUGUUCUAGAGAAGUGUUUUUAAAGUUCUAUGUUAUGAUUGAUUUUAGAAAACAAUUCUGGUUGUUCAGUGUAACCUUUUUAUUUUGAUUCACUGUAUGAAAGCAUCAUUUGCUUUUGAAAUGCCAGUCGCUGACUGGUAUAGAUAACUUAGGAUGGUCAUAUAAGAUUAUGAAUGCAGAGGGGAAAAUUGCAUUCGCUGUCUCUGUGGGGUCCAUCUUUUUAAGUUGAAUAUUGGAAAACGUAUUUUCUUUAGGGGAAAUACAAAUUAGAAUUAAAUUCUUGUCUACAUAGUCUGGCAAUAUAAACAUAUUUACCAAAUAAGCUUAGAAUAAAGAUUAUCACCAAAAUCUGUAUUGAAAAAUGAAUGCAAAAUGCUAAAUGUGGUCAUUUAAGUUACUGCUUAAGUUUUACAUUAUCAAAUUGUUUCUAACUAAAAAGUGUAUUUUACUUGAGAUGCUUUCUUUAUAUUAAAUAAUUGUUUGUAUUGCUAAUUUUUCAAAUACUCAAAAUUUAUCAUACUUGAAAACAAAUUAUUAUUUAGAUUAAGGUUUUUAAAAAUCUAUUCAGAUUCAUUCUUUUCCUUCCUCGCUUGAAGUUUUCAUUUGUGUUGUUGUGACCUUAGUGUGAUGAUGAUGACUUGGUACAUGUGGUGUCAGAGUAACAUGUUGAGGCAGUGAAAGGAGUCAGAUAAGGAGUUAGGGUACAUGUAGGAUAGUGCACUGUCUUACACACUUAAAAUCUGAAAAGUAACCAUCGUAAAAUGUGAAUGAAGCAGAAAUAUUCAUGGUAGGAGGGCUUCUGUUGUGUUUAUUGUGUUUUUAUAUAUUUUGUUUUGUACAGAGGUAAGAGGGAAGCAUUUAUAUAGGAGGAAGGUAGUGCUUUGGAAUAGCUAGGAAGGCUUCAAGUCUAGGCGCUGCUCUGUGAAGAUGAGCAGUCGUGGUUAACUUUACUAGAAAACUAGUCUGACAAGCUUUGCACUUUGGUCACUUAAGUGCUCAUGUACAAAGUUAGCAUAAUGGAUCUGCAUAUUUCAAGUAUGCAACUACAAGUUUAUCCUCUGAGAAAUCAUCUGGGGAGUCUGAUGUAUUAUUCCAAAUGACUUAUAUUCUCAGACAAGUGCAUUAAAAUACUUGGAUUAUCUCAAGCUGUUUAAAGCUAAUAAAGUAAGUCUAAACACUUAAAGGGCAUUUUAAAAGGUGAAUUCUAGUUACAUAAGUAGGAUCUACUAUGUUUCUAUCUGUAACAGUGUUAGACCAAGAUUUGGUUUCUACCUCCCCAAUAUUAUAAAUGUUCAUUUCUGUUUUUAUAAACCAUAUUACUGUAAAAUUAAUAUAAUUUUGCCUAGCUGACUAAAUGGAUGGAACAAUUAAAUAAAAAUUAAUAGCUUUUUAUAAUGUUAAAGUGAACUUCAUAAAUUGUUUUUGGUGGAAUUUUCAUCUAUGUUUAGAACAUUAUCAUGGAAUGAUAAAGAAUAUGUAAUACUUCUGCUUCUUUGCUUUUUGCCUUUGAAAAUGCAAAAGUGUAUAUCAUGUAGGUCUAUGGGGGAAGGAGGAGUGAUCGUUUUUCUACCUUACUCAGUAGUCUUACUUCCACCUGUUUUGAUUAGAGAUUGACGGAGCCAUUGCGGGUAGACUGCAUAGCUGCUAGCUGUGACAUGACUGUAACUGUUUCAGAGAGAACAUUUAAAAGUGAAUGUUACCAGGAAUGAAAGCUGUCAGGUUAACUAGCCCUCAAGUAUGCUGUGGAUCUUGGGAACAAAUUAAGAUACACAAAAUAGUGCCCCCACUUUUGCCUGGAUUUGGGAUGUUGUAAUGCUCCUACUUCCUGUACAGGUUUAUUGGAUUAUGGUGCAGGCUGGUAAUAGGGUUCAAAAUUACUUCCCUUUAUAUUGGCCAUUUAAAGGAUUCUAAAGGAGGGUAAAUUUCAACAGCUCUCUGAAUUCAUCCUUCUGAACUUUGACCUGUGGCUUGCUGAGAUAUCAGUUGCCUUUUUAUUAAAGCUGAGGAACUUGAAUGCCUUACGUAAUCACUCAACUGAUAGUAAGCUCAUUUUGUAAAUAGGAAAAUGGUUGUUAGAUGUGGCAUUCAUGUUUGUUUAAUGUUAGUCAGUAGACCAUAGUGGCCUGGAUGCUUUAACAAGCAAAAUUCCACAUCCCCUCCUUUUUUCCCCUCCCAUACAUUUAUGAUUUUAUCUGACAAGUAAUGUUUGAUUUUUUUCUCUCCUAACCCCCUGCUACCACCAUUUUCUGGAAGUCAAAGAGACGUGGUAGUGAAUCAUGCUGUUCACAUGAUCGUCUGAGAUCAAUAUGAGCACAAAACUCAUCAACUAGGUCUGCCUGGAUGUAUAUAAAACAGUGUAAAUAAAAACUUAUAAAUUAUUGUGAAUUGUAUCUUGCAUAUGAGAUUGUGUGUUGUUUUGAAUUCUCUUCCCUUUUGUAGACAUUUUCCUGUCUGGAAAUGAUCCAGCUUGUUGGUUUAGACUGGAAAUAGCCAAUACUUCUGGCUGCACAGUGAGAUAACAGGAACUGGAAAUAGGGUUUAUCAGCUUUGGUCAGUGUCUGUACUUAUUUAUUUAGCCUCUCAGUGCCUGAUACGACUUUCCUCCAUUUGUCAGUUGCUAUUAAUUUUUGUGAGGUUCGACUCCUGGAUGCAUUAAAUUUAUAUACUAUUACUAAUAAUACAUGUCCAUUCUCGAGUCACAGUUCUAAGCUAAGAAGAACUAAAUAUGAUUUAAUGAUUGCAAACUGAAGUAUUAUCUUUUCUCACUUUAGGAUUAUUAACAUUUUCUGCAAAAAAUUUUGAAGUUCAGUGUGAAUCUAAAUCCCAUAUAUGUAUAAGAAAUAAGUACUAUCUCUCCCUUCAAUUUAAGCAUAUCUCAAAUGACGUCACUAAAGUUGUAUGAUUGUAAAAGACAAGAUACAGCUAAUUUUUUUUAAUGUCAACUAUUUCUGGUUUUUGGGGUUUUUUUGCUACAACUAUUUUAACUUCAUUAAUGUAUAUUAUACCAGACAUCAGGAAACUGCCCCCAAACACUCUCAAUUAAAAGCUUAAACCUCCACAUUUAAAAGUAAUCAUGUAUUUUUUUCAUACCAAAGUCAUAUGUACCAUUUUUUGAGUUCCUUAUUUCAUAAUACAAUUUAAGUAUCCAUUUUUUUGACUUAAGCUUCUUAGAAGUAUUUUAUACUGUGCCCAAAAGUAAUAUAAAUUUAAGCUUUUAAUAUUCAGUUGAUAGACAAAGUUUACUGUGUGAGAAUUUAGUUAUUGGCAGCUUCUUGCACAACUUUAGACAGAAGGCAAAUGCUAGUAAUUAUGCACAAUGGAAAAAGAAUAACAUGUAUGUGGUGAAGUAGCUUUAUUUUUAUUUCAGAAUACAUUUAAUCUGAUUUUUCUUUGGUUUGUUGUAUUUCAGAAUGUCCUUUUACUAGGAAAUUUAAUUACAUGUAAGGCACUCAAUCUUGUUUUGAUCCUUUACAAAAAAGAGAAAUUUGCUACCUUGAGUCACCUUUACCUGCUACAUGUAUCCCUGCUGUGAUUAUAGUGUUAACUCCUGGGUUUGAUGUUUUUAAACAGAAAAAUUUACCAUUUAUAUAAUUUCCCCCCAUUUUUGGAAAUUAGACAGGAAGUGUUGCAACAAAAGAAAAUACUUGAGGUUUGUAUUACUUUGAAUAUUAGAAAACUGAAGUUAACAAGAUGCUGGUGAGUUAGACAUUUAACAGUUCUUACACUGAAAAGUUCAUUUUGGGAUCACAAUGUGUUACGGAAAGAAAAUCUGAAUUAUUUAUAUGAGCAAAAAUAAUGCAUAAGCUCUGUAAUGCUUUUUGUGUUUGAGGCAUCUCAAACUCAAGUUUUUAGUGUCCUUCUGAAAUUUUGUUUCUUGUCAUUUCUGUGCUAUAUGUACUUAGUAUACUACUGACAUUAUAAAACAGGGUUAAAAUACUAUUAUAUCUGUAUUCACUAUGAAUCCUGUAGCUUUUCUCAUUAUGGAAAUACUGCUCUCUGAAAUGCCCUUAUUUUUUUAUUAACAUUUUACCCAGUAAGGAUGUUUGCGAUUAAUCACUUUAACAAAAUUUAAGAGAUUCAUAAAAAUUGAAAACAUUGUAUAAUUGUAUUUUAACUUGUCAGUAAAGACUAAGAAAUAACCUAGCUGAUUGUAAUUGUAGGCUGUUAGUUAAAAUUUCAAAACUUUUAACAAGGAACUUUUCAGAGAUAGUUUGAAAUCCAGUUGUAUCUAUGUAAACUAGUUCCUGUAACUUGGGAAGGAGCCCCCUAAAGGCUGUGGAGAUGAGAGUGCUUGCUUCCCAUAGUUUUAGUUGUGGUGUGUUGCUACUUAAGUUUAGGUAGUGACAUACUUAAGUUUUUAUUGUUCAAUAAUUAAGUUAGUUUUCUGUAUGUAUCUGCUAAAGGAUAAAUGAAUGGAAUCUGCAAAGAAGGAACUUUUUGACUGUACUGUAUUUAGAAGCCUUUGUACAGGUCAAGUUUCCAUGAUACGAAGUAUUUGAAUUUUAGAACAUGCUAUCACUCUAAGGAAAAAGACAUGAUAUUAUCCCAUGUGCAAGGAGAAAAAAUGAAGAGUACUUGUCAUCACAUUAACUGUAUGUUGAAUUGGGAAACUGGCAUAAAGCUGAAGUUUGUGUUCAUCAAACGUGAACUAUAGUAGUAUAAUGCUGCUCUGUAUAUACUGUAAGUGCUACAAAGAGUCUCAGCACUGAACAUGUAUUGAUACCUCUCAAAUGAAUGCAACCUUCGAUGUGGGUGUUCUGAUAUGCCUCAGAAAGUAUCUGAGUGUCUGAGGAUUUGUUAAUCAGUUUGCUAAUGGAGAUACUUCCUGUUUUUCAUUGCAUAUUUUCAUGUUUAAAAUUUAAUUUUUACCUUUUUACUGCUGUUAAUUUAAGUAAAAUUAGUUCUGUGCAGAAAAGGCAUUGCCUGUGAAUAAAAUUUAAAAAACAGCCUCAUUCAUGUAACUGCUUAAGUAAAAAUAAUUUUUGUUAUAUGUUCAUGAACUUUUAAUGAAACUAUUUGUUUUUCUGUUCAAGCAUAAAUGAUGUUUAGGCUUCAUUUCUGAUUAGUAAAGCUUUUUACCAUUGAUUAAAUGAAGGAAUGUAUCUUUUUGAAGAGAUUUAUAUUCUGUAAAUAAAAUUGGUUGUAACAAAUAAAGUUGGGUUCUAACUACA